CGACCAGCUUGAAAAGGUAUUUAUCACCCACUAGUUUCAUACUACUACCCACUCCUUACUGUCGCACAACAAAUCAAUGUUUGUCUUGAAUCCGGGUGGUGAAGGGGUACCAGGUGCAGGAAACGCCUCGGACGCAUUUCGCCAGAAGCUUUGGUUUUUUGGGCAGCUCGGCCUUUACUACGGUGUGCUGCACGGCGCUUAUUUGUUCAUGAACGGCCGUGGAGAAAAGGCAGCAAGCAAGGAAUAAUUUGUGUUUUCGACAGGUUCAUUGUAUCAAACCAUACGAGGCCUUACAUAAGAACGAUAAGCAUUGGUAUCAUUCCAGAUUCAGUAUCAAACCAAUAUUUACAGAAGUCGAUAUGGUGUUGACCGAAGAACAGAAACUACGAAUCCGCAAAAAUAGGGAGAGAGCACUGCGGAUUCAAAAAGAGCGACGAGAAAAAUACGAAAAACAAAAAGAAGAACAUUUGAAAGAGAGCGAAAGAAGCAUUGAAGACAACCAAACACCAUCUAAGAAACGAAAGACCACUGAUUCUACUUUAGCACGACCCACUGCAUCGACGACGACAUCGCAAUCGAUUUCGCCAACUACAAACGCCAAGCAGGCAACUGAAGACCACGACUACCAUUCCAGCGAACCCCUCGAAGAUUUCGAGGAAGGAGCUUCGCAAUGGGUAACAAAAACCGAAGCCAUGAACACUUAUUGUUUGCCGGAGGGAACAAUGGCCGUCUGUUCCUACGAAGAAAAACAAAACCCACGGAACCCAUCGUUCAAGCCCAUGAAGUUGUACAAGCGGUCCGAGAUUCGAUAUCGAGCCCAUAAACGCCAUGGAGGAGUGGAGGGACUCGUGAAGGAGCGAGAAAAACGACGAAAGCGAAAACUAGAGAAGGAUAUGGAAGCAGCGAGAGAUAUUUUCAAGUAGAAACAGUAUGAAAUUUGUAAACGAUGUUAGUCAAUAAUGUUAACAUGAACUA